UCUCUCUCUCAAGAUCUUCUUCUUCUUCUUUGGUUCCUAUUCUUAAGGCACGGCUGGGAUAUUUAAUUAUCCUAGAUAGGGAUAACAAUGGAGGAACUAAGAGCGACGUGGCCGGAUGGUUUGGAAGAUGAACUCAUUAGAGAGCUUCUCGACAAUCAGUCUCCUUUCUUUCUGCUACCGGAGAUGACCACCGAACCCGCGGAAGAUGCUAUUAUGAACAGGCUCAUCUCCAGUACUAGUACUGUCUACUCCGAGCCAACAAUAUCUGAAGAUCUUGAGGAUGCAUUUUCUACGACGACCUCAAAGGAUCACCAACACCAAGAACUUUCACAACCCAGAAUUUCUGCGUUAAUGGAAAGAGGUCUGAACAAGGUUGAGAAUAAGAACACACUGAAAAUCAAGAGCUACAGUAAUGCGAUGGCUGAUGACGGAUAUAAAUGGAGGAAAUACGGACAGAAAGCCAUUAAGAAUAGUCCACAUCCUAGGAGCUAUUACAGGUGUACCAACCCGAGGUGCAAUGCAAAGAAGCAGGUAGAGAGGUCGAGCGAGGACCCACAGACACUCCUCAUCACCUAUGAAGGACUCCACUUACACUUUGCCUACCCACACAGCUUCAUACCUGCUGAAUCCCAGCCUAUUAAUCCAACCAUCAAGAAGGCCAAGAAGACACAUGAUCAAACCCAGCAAAUAUUGCAGGAACUCCAAGAAAGCUCAGCAGAUCUUACUACUCCUCCUGAUCUGCAGCAGCAGCAGCAGCUGUUCUUAAGAACAUCUUUGGACUAUCCACAGGAAUGGGACCCAGAAGGAAUGGUCGUCCCACAAGGGUUGCUUGAAGAUGUGGUCAUGCCAUUCAUGAUUCCAAAUCCUCUCAACAAUAAUACAUCCCCAAAUUACUCUUCUUGCUCGUCUUACCCUUCUCCUCCUCCUUCACCUCCUUUGUUUUGGUCAUGUGCUACUCAUUCUUCUGCAUGUUUUGAUAUAGGCAUCGAGCAUUAGAUAUUAUUGUAUGGGUGAAAAUCCAGUAAGCAUUUAUGGUUGAUCUGUUUCUAAUAUGGAUCUAAUAAUGUGAUCUAAGAA